AGCACGCUGAGAUAACCAACUGACACCAUAAAGACAAGACCAUAUGCAAUGAUGGCGCUUCCCACUGUCACUAUGACAAGUUUUGGCGAUGCUCGACAAAUGAGCUACACGGUCCCGCGGAGUGAUACCCACGAUAAACUCGUCCAGUUUGCUAUCUCCCAGUUCGGCGGCCGCUACCCUCAAGAGCAAUGGGAGGUGCAUUUUCACAUGGCAACUGAAGAUCUCACGGACGACAUGUGCGAGGGCCGUAUCAGCGAGAUUUCCUACGACAAGCAUGACUACUUCUACUCAACAUUUUUGAGCGGCACCAGGCUUCGUAUCGUUGCGCAUUUCACAUUGAGACAAGGCACUGAGGUGCAACCCCCACCUUCAAAAAUCACUACUACCCAGUCCAUGGGUUCAAGCGAAGCUAACGCCAUCGUGCUGGAUGUUGAGACUCCUCCUCGUGUGAAGCGCGAAAAGCCAGAAUCUACAGCCGUUACGAACAAGUCUCUCAGUAGGGACAACACUGUCUUGUCGGAUCAACGAGGACAAGACCUACCGGUCUAUUCUCGUCCUAGUGAACCUUUUGAUAAGGGGGUGUUUUGCGCUGAUCUCGAGUCGUUAAAGGAGAACGGACCUCCCGAUACUUCCAAGUAUGCCAACGCCAAGUUCGAAAUCUUCAGCCACGCUCGUCAAGGUCAACUUGUUCAUGCACACUUGAUAGAUUACACCAGACAUGGAGUUGACGCGUUGGAGCCGUGUGCAUUCUGCACGUUCGAUGGAAUCAAGUGCCGGAUUUAUCACCCUUCUAUGCGCGGUUUCAAAGUGAGGCUCGCGGAUAGGCCACUGGGACACCGGUGUUCAGGAUGUCGGUUCAAUGGUCAUAAGUGCAAUGCCGCAUAAGGUUUUGCUUCUUCAUGUCCUGCACACUUGCUGGGAUAUGCACGAUGUGGAAUUAUCCGAGUACAUUCAAGUUCAGCGAUUAUGUAUUCGACACUGUAUACUAGGAGGUGUUAAACAAUCUCAGC